AAGUACUUUUUAAUUUACACCAAUAAUGAUGUCAUCCCGAGUUUUAGUGUCGCGACCCCAUUUUGACACGCGGGUAGUGGCACGGAAUGGCUCACAGCCGCCGGUCACAAACCCGGAGACCACCGUUAAGGAAAACGUUUACGCGGGUACAUCCGGUGGUCUGGCCACCGCGGGUUACCGGAGCGCCAAAUACACCCCCGAAGAGUGGAUCACCAAUAACUCUGCUCUCUUAAACCGGGCCGUCGUGGACCGGAACCGCGCGGAGAAUAUUUGCCACGAGUCCAAAGCGCUGAGAGCGGAGACCGACGCCGGGACUUUACGCACGCAGACCGACGGCACCAAACGCCUGGGCGAGCGGCUGCAGGACAUCCACCGCUGGAGAUCCGAGUUGGCGCAGUUUAUCGAGCGGCUGAACGCAGAAACACACCUGCUGGUUGGCUCCAGGAGGCGGCUGGAAAAAGCGCUGGACGCCACGGAGAUCCCCUUCGCCAUCGCCACUGAUAACCUGACCUGCCGAGAGAGACGCUUCGGUCCGGAUCUGGUGGAGGACCAAGUGCAAGAGGAACUUCUAAAAGAGGUGGAGCUGAUCAGAAGCAUCCAGGCCCUGCUGAAAAAAACUCUGGAUCAAACUCUCAACCAAAUCAGGCUGAACCGGGAGGUGACGCGGACUCUGGAGUUCGACUGGUCUGAUAAACAGCAGGCCUACACCUUGGAUGACCAGUGUGGACGUUAUAACAACAGGAGCAUGGACACACAACAGCAUCCCAGCUCAGCAGUGCUGCAGGAUCAGGUGUGUGAUGAGGAGGUGUGGCGUAAGUUUACUGUGGAUAACCUGCGGCUGGCGGAGAGAGAGGAGACGGCGAGCCAGGCCCUGAGAAGGCUGUCUGAGCGGGUGUUGCAGGAGACGACCGAGGACCUGCGGGCGCAGUGUGUUACUGUGGAUCAGGCAUUCAUCCAGCGCUGCACGGAGCUGAGCCAGUCCAAAACACAGCUGGAGCUGCACCUGGGACAGAUUUUGGAUCAGAUCGGGGCUCAGGAGAAGAAUAUAUCAAACUUGCAGCAAGCUGUGUAUGAUAAAGAAGCUCCACUUAGAGUGGCUGAAUCCAGGCUGCAUAACCGGACCUUCAGACCCAACAUUGAGCUGUGCCGAGACCAGCCUCAACUCAGUCUGUUAGGUGAGGUAUCAGAGCUCGGCAGUACCGUAUCAGCCCUACAGCAGCAGCUGUAUGAGGCACGCAGAUCUUUGUCUGACCUGGAGGACAGUCGACUGGCCCUGGAGAAAGACAUCGCUUGCAAAACUAACUCUCUCCUCAUCGACAGAGAGAAGUGUAUGACGCACCGCACACGCUACCCUAGUGUCACAGUGCUGUCUGGAUACUGACACACACUCAUAACAUUCCCCCCUCAACAGGAGGUCCGGGUCUGCUAGACUGUUACUUCCAGUGGCUUGCAGUGUGUGUGUGUGUGUGUUUAUUUUUUUAAUGCAAUGAUUAUACA